AUGAAUUUUGUUAACGGCGCCAAAGUUUCGCAGCCAAGAAAACGGGUCCUUAUUGGGGCCACUGGAAGCGUUGCGAGCGUGAAAAUACCCAUCAUUGUUAAAACUCUCUUGGAGGAAAUGUCGGAGCAAGUGGAGGUCAAGGUGGUGACUACGGAUGCUGCGCUCCAUUUUUUCGACCGUAAAACCAUCCCUGUAGAAGUGCUAGCGGAUCGGGACGAAUGGAGUGCUUGGAGCAAGAUACCUGAUCCCGUAAUGCAUAUCGAUCUUCGAAAUUGGGCAGAUAUGAUCAUUAUUUGCCCGUUGGAUGCCAAUACAUUGGCCAAGCUUGCCCAAGGUCUUUGCGACAACCUAUUAACGUGCAUUUUGCGCGCAUGGGAUGAACGCAAACCGGUGAUUGUAUGCCCGGCGAUGAAUACCAACAUGUGGAACCACAAGUUCACGGCAAUGCACCUUUCUACUCUGACCGAUAUCCUUGGCUACCAAGUCAUCCCUCCCAUCAGCAAACUGCUUGCCUGUGGUGACCUAGGUAUUGGUGCUAUGGCUGAUUACCGGACUAUCGUGAAUGAGAUCAAGAAGCAAGUCAAGCUAAUGAGUGUGCCUGAAGAAACGUUAUAG